CUUUUCGAUUCUUCAAUUCUCUCUCUUUUCUCUAGACCAUCUUGACUCACUCAUACUACUUUUUUUUUUUCCAUUCUCACUCCUUUUCUUCUCUUCUGAUCAAUUCUCCGUCACAAUGUCUGAAACUCUCCAAGAGCUCGCCGACAUCCCCAAGGACUUCCUCCGUGAGGGUACCCUCUUCGUCCGCAGAUGCACCAAGCCCGAUAAGCGCGAAUUCAUCAAGAUCAGCCAGGCCGUCGGCAUGGGCUUCCUUAUCAUGGGCGCCAUUGGUUACUUCAUUAAAUUAAUACACAUUCCCGUCAACAAUAUCCUUGUCGGUGGCGCAUAAACUAUGAGCGACAUUAAUCAACACUCGAUAACCUACUACCUUAACUUGAUGUGGGGAUGGGAUUCU